AUGUUAAGAAAGGAGCCGGAAACGAAUUCGUUAAAACUCGAAGCAGCAUUUUCCGAACUUAUUUUGCCGUACCUCGACAUUGACAUCAAAUACUACGACCUUGGCUUGCCGAAUCGUGACCGAACAAACGACCAAAUUACACAUGACGCAGCGGAGGCAAUCAAGAAGUAUAAUGUUGGAAUAAAGUGCGCCACAAUAACGCCUGAUGAGGCCAGUCCGAAUGGCACCUUACGAAAUGCUCUCGGAGGAACGGUUUUUCGUGAGCCGAUCCUGUGUAACAACAUUCCAAGACUUGUACCAGGCUGGAAAGAACCGAUCAUUAUUGGUCGUCAUGCAUUUGGUGAUCAGAGCAUCAGAGGAUUCGCACAUUCCUGUUUCCAGUACGCCAUAUCAAAACAGCGCCCACUUUAUCUGAGCACAAAGAAUACUAUAUUAAAGCGAUAUGAUGGUCGUUUCAAGGAUAUCUUCGCAGAAAUCUAUGAGAAGAAUUAUGCAUCUGAUUUUAAAAAGUUGAAUAUUUGGUACGAGCAUCGACUGAUUGACGAUAUGGUGGCACAGGUGCUGAAAAGCUCUGGUGGCUUUGUUUGGGCUUGCAAAAAUUACGAUGGUGAUGUGCAGUCGGACAUUGUUGCUCAAGUGCUGAUGUGUCCUGAUGGAAAGACAAUCGAGGCGGAAGCCGCGCACGGUACUGUCACCCGACAUUACCGAGAACAUCAAAAAGGCAAUCCGACAUCAACAAACCCCGUGGCAUCAAUUUUUGCCUGGUCGAGGGGACUGGAUCAUCGUGGCAAACUCGAUGGCAACGAUGCUCUUCGCAAAUUUGCUCAGACGCUGGAGAAAGCAUGCGUAGCAACAAUUGAGGACGGGAAGAUGACAAAAGACUUGGCAAUUUGCAUAUACGGGCAAAAGGGUGCAACAGCGGAGAAGUACCUGAAUACGCAAGAUUUCCUGGAUGCUAUUGAUAGCAAGUUGCAGUCACUGAUGGGAUGA